AUGCCUCAGCAGAACGUUCAAUCGAAUGGCCUGGCGGUAACCGCCUGGUCAACGUCCGAACAAGUGGAUGAAGUCCGAGGAAAACUUCAUCUUAAAGAGCGGGACGCCAAAGCAUUUUACGAAAGUUCUGAAACAAAGAAGAUCGAAUUCGAACAACUUAUAGCAAAACUAAGGGCCGAAAACAAAUUAAAGCGAAUUACCUUGGCAAAAAGCAUCGCUGGCGAUGAGAAGGUAAUUCGGUCAGUGUUCCAGAACCGACGAAAAGAGCUUCUGUCCAUGCAAAGAUAUACCAUAGCAGAAGCCAUUAACACGAUGGACCAGAAGGUGUGUGUGGCGAGUAAACGAUUGAACGAUCUGAAGUACCAACGCAACCAGCGCGAGGAACGUCUGAGUGAGUUAUGUGUCACAGCGAAACAUACCAAGACUGUUAGUUAUACUGACUACAACGUGGACCGGGAGAGGGAGAUCCGCCGACUACAGAAUGAGAUGGACAAAGCGCGAAUUAAAUACGAAGCGGCGCGCAACAUUUCACGGCGAUAUGAAGAGAUCAUGAUGCAUAUGCAAGAGGAGGUAAGAAACUACCCCGCUCGUCUUGAUCUACUAGAGCAAAUCGUUGGGGACGCGUCUUCCGAGCUCGCAGUGUUACAUCAGAUGAACGAAAAGGCGAUAAAAACAAGCGAGGAGUCCAGGAAGGACCUCCAUGUGAUGGAGCGCGAGAUGUAUCAGGCUAAACGGGCACGUGACAUGCAAUUGAAUGAAACAAGGAAAGAAGUUGAGAGGAGGAAAGAAACGUCUGAACGUGCGGAAAAACGAGCCAAAGUAAAUCUGAUUGCCGACACGACAGAUACCAAGGCAGCUCGACUACAACUAGAGAAAGCUGAGCGCCAGGAGAAAAUCUUAGAACUCGAGAUGGGCUUUGAGAAGAUCAAAAGUGCAAUCAACGUAUCUGACAUUGAUGACGUGGUAAUGCGCGUGUUAAACCAAGAGGAAACAACUCGGAGGAUCAAGGCUCAGGAGAAAGAAAAACUGCGGAACAAAAAAGAACUUUUACGCGAGAAAUAUAAACUUAACAAAAUCUUCGAAGAAGUAAAAUUCACAAGUGAACGGCAACUGGCAAGAGCCAGACAGAUUCUAGACGAUGUUGAAGAUAAUAUGGCUGAGAAGGAGAAGUGUCGAGAGAAGACUUAUGACACCUUGCUGACCAGCGACAGUCUACUGUUGGACAUCCAGUCCGGCAUUGCCACUCUGAACGAGAAACUGAAAGAUGUCAAGCUGAAGCCACCAUUCCACAACUUCACAACAGGCGACCCUGUAAAGGACCUGCUCAACUGUUCCCGCAAGUUGGACAGGUUACAGACGGAGCUUGUAAUGCAGGGCGGAGAUGGGACAACCCCUAGGGUAGACUUCAAUAAGCUCCAUGAAUUCCUGGAGAGUCGCCUGCCACCGUCAAACAUCCGAAUAAAGGUCGAUGUGGAUGACGGAAGCGACGAAGAUGACUUUCACUUCGACCACGACCAGGAAAACGAGGGUCUGUUAUCUCGUGAAGACAUCAAGCGACUUGGGCAAGAGAUGCUCAACUCUAAACUCCGGCCAAAAAAGAAGCGCUCUAAAAAGCGUGCCAAUUAA